AGAGAGAGAGAGAGAGAGAGAGAGAGAGAGAGAGAGAGAGAGAGAGAGAGUCUCAGUAGAAGUUCUGUAGUCCAGUUCAGUUUUCGGUUCGGGUGUGUUCUGAUCAUGUCUUAAAUGCUCUGCAGCGGAUCCGUGUGUGUGGGUGUGUGUUCAAACUUUCUGGAAGACACGAACAGCGUCAUUGUCUCGCGUGCUCAUUCAGGUCCGGUGGGUUCGCUUCGUAAUGCAGCCUUCAUCUUCAUCAUCAUCAGUGUUUCUUCUUCUUCUGUCAAGUUUUUCUCUUGCUUUGGCCUGUAAUAAAGCUCUGUGUGCCAGUGACGUCAGCAAGUGUCUCAUUCAGGAGUUGUGUCAGUGCCGGCCGGCCGAUGGGAACUGCUCGUGUUGUAAGGAGUGUAUGAUGUGUUUGGGAACUCUCUGGGAAGAGUGCUGCGACUGUGUGGGCAUGUGUAACCCGAAGAACCACAGCGACACGCCGGCGACGGCCAAGAGCACGGUGGAGGAGCUGUUCCGGCCGAUCCCGUCGCUCUUCCGCGCGCUCACCGAGGGCGAAGCGCCCGUCAACAUGAUGGUGGUGUCGUUCCCCGUGGCCGAAGAGCUUUCGUAUCACGAGAACCUGCUGUCCUUCCUGGAGACGCUGGAGGACUCGCACCAGAACGUGUCUCUGCCGGGGAACAGCAUCCACGCCAGCUACGACACCAGCGAUAAGAUGUGUACGGUGGUUUACUUCGACGACUGUGUGUCCAUCCGCCAGUGUAAGCAAUACUGCGAGUCCAUGGGCGGGUCCAAGUACCGCUGGUUCCACAACGCCUGCUGCGAGUGUAUCGGCCCCGAGUGUGUCGACUACGGCAGCAAAGCGGCCAAGUGCCUCAACUGCCUUUACUGACUUCCUGUCCGUCAGUGACGUCUGAUUCUCAACUUCCUGUCCGCUACUGACGUCUGAUUCUCAACUUCCUGUCCGCUACUGACGUCUGAUUCUCAACUUCCUGUCCGUUACUGACUUCCUGUCCGUCAGUGAAGUCUGAUUCUCAACUUCCUGUCCGUCACUGACGUCUGAUUCUCAACUUCCUGUCCGUUACUGACUUCCUGUCCGUCAGUGAAGUCUGAUUCUAAACUUCCUGUCCGCUACUGACGUCUGAUUCUCAACUUCCUGUCCGUCACUGACGUCUGAUUGUGUCCUGCGUAUUAGGCUUCACGCAAAAGAGUUUGUAUAUAGAUUAUUUUUAUCCUUGCCGGUUCGUUUAGUCACAGACAUGCAGACGAGCGAUGAUUUUGAUAGAGAAUAGACGCAUAUCUGCGCUUGAGUAGAUUAUCUGCGCUUGUCGGGUUAUCUUAUGAAUUCAAAGUCUUUUUUAAGACCGAAUUAAGUUGAAAUCAUUAGUUUGUUUUCAAGAACAAAAUCCACGUGUAAAUGAUCAUUAAACAUCGUCGAGUGAAGCUGGUGUGUGUGUGAUGUCGAGACGACGAACAUCAUCAGCCAUAGAAAUCACUAGUUUCAAUAAAACAUCAUCUCCAAUUCUUUA